AUGCUGCCCAAUCCUGCACCUACUACCGACACGAACGCUACCAUCCCAGCCAUGUCUACUGGUCUGAAGUCCGUGGCCUACUUCGUCAAUUGGGCGAUCUAUGGCCGCAACUACAAUCCUCAGGACAUGCCGGCCGACAAACUGACUCAUGUCCUAUACGCAUUUGCUAACGUUCGCCCGGACACUGGUGAAGUUUAUCUGUCCGACACCUGGUCGGACAUUGAGAAGCACUACCCCACAGACUCUUGGAAUGACGUCGGUACCAAUGUCUACGGCUGUGUCAAGCAGUUGUUCUUGCUCAAGCAGCAAAAUAGGAAGUUGAAGGUCUUGCUCUCCAUUGGCGGUUGGACCUACUCUCCCAAUUUCGCUCAGGCCGCUAGCACUGAUGCUGGCCGCACUAAGUUUGCUGAGACUGCAACUAAAUUGGUCACUGAUCUUGGAUUCGAUGGUAUCGACAUUGAUUGGGAGUAUCCCAAAGAUGAUACAGAAGCGCAAAAUAUGGUCCUUCUGCUUCAGAAGUGUCGAGAGACUCUGGAUGCAACUGCUGGUGCGAGCAGGAAGUUCCUUCUCACCAUCGCUUGUCCAGCUGGUCCUGCUAAUUACACCAAGCUCAAGCUGUCUCAGAUGACGCCAUAUCUGGACUUCUACAAUUUGAUGGCCUACGACUAUGCCGGAAGUUGGGACACUGUUGCUGGCCAUCAAGCCAACCUGUAUCCCUCCGCUGACAAGCCAGCAUCGACGCCAUUCUCAACCAAUGAGGCAGUGAACUACUACAUCCAGAAUGGUGGGGUCCCCUCGUCCAAGAUUAUCCUGGGAAUGCCGCUGUAUGGGCGUGCCUUUACCAACACUGAUGGACCCGGGACCGCAUUCUCGGGGGUGGGAGAGGGAAGCUGGGAACAAGGUGUCUGGGACUACAAAGCGCUCCCAAGAACAGGAGCCACCGAACAUGUCGAUGCCAACCUGGGUGCAUCCUGGAGCUAUGAUCCCACGGCACGCACCAUGGUCUCCUACGACACUGUGGCCGUGAGCGAGAUGAAACUGGAUUAUAUUACCAAGCUUCAGCUCGGCGGUGGCAUGUGGUGGGAAACCAGCGGCGACAAGGGAGGAAAAACCGCCAACAAAGCUGACGGCAGCCUGAUUGGAACCUUUGUGGAAGGGAUUGGAGGCGUGUCAGCCCUUGACCAGUCGCAGAACGUGCUCUCCUACCCCGAGAGCAAAUACGACAACUUGAGGAAUGGAUUUCAGUAG